UCUAAGGAGCCGAUUGACUUUGGGCCGUAAAAUGAUUACGGGCUAAAAGCUAAAAAACACGUCGCGCGAGAGCGAGAGAGGGCUAGAGAGCGAACGAGUGCGAGAGAGAGGGGUACAAGGAGCAACAGCAACAGCAAGUUAAAACUGGGAAAAAUACCUGCUAAAUAAAAAUAAAACAUAUAUUAAAUUUUAAAUCUCCUAAAAUCUAUAAAAUAACAAUAAAACCAGGAAAACUGCUGGGGCAUUAUAAAAAACAAUCCAACGCCUUGGAAGCGUGUGUGUGUGUGUGUGUGUGUGUGUCAUAACUCCUAAAAAUUUCAAGCAUACAGGAAAAAAAAGACGGGGAAGAAGGAAACAGGAAAAAACCUAGUGAAAAAACCAAGGAAGAGCGGGUGGAAAACGCUGGGAAAAUGGCAGUAAAAAAGGCAAAAUGACCCCUACAAGCUGAAUAAAAAAUCGUUUAGCCAUCAAAUUGAUUCAAACACACACGCACACACACACACACACGCACUCAGAGGAGAGCUGAGAGAAGAAGAGCACCCCCAUUUUAAAGCGAAAUCAGCAGCAGCAGCAGCAGCAGCAGGAGCACCACCAACAACAACCGCCCUUUGACAAGCAGCCGGCACCCACGCCCCUGCGCCCAGCGUUUAAAAAUAGCUACAGCUCUGGAAAUCGAGUUUCCCUGGAGUAUCGCCGUUCGAGAAAAUGGUAACAAUGAAUUCGGAGGCGGACAAAACACAAGCCACCAAUGCCAGCAGCCAAGCGGCGCCGGCGAAGACGGACUGCAGCAGCAGCAACAGCAGCGAUCCGCUGGCGGUGGCCAUUUCGGAGGAGGCGCAAUCCAGUGGAAAUGGUAAUGGUACCGCCAUCGCCACCAUCCCUUCGCCACUGCCCAAUGGCAGUAAUAAUGGCGGUUUCCUGGACACCGAAGGAUCAACGGCCCUGGCCAAGGAAUCUCCAUCAGCAGCAGCAGCAGCAGCAGCACCAGCACCCAAGGAAGUGACAGUAACAGUAACGGCAACAGCAACAACGGCUUCCACGCCAGCAACCACCGCAUCCACAUCCUCAUCCGCCGCAUCCACAUCCACAUCCACCUCGACCACUUCGGGGGGUAAAACCGUUGCUGCCACCACCGCCACCACCGCCACCACCUCCUCCUCCUCCUCGGCCACCUCUUCAUCGACGGCGGCAGCGGCGGCGGCGGGUGGCAAGCAGAGCGGCGGCGGCGGCGGCGGCGGUCUGUUAACCGUCAGCGGGAACCACCAUCACCACCACCACAGCACCCACCCACAACAGCAGUCGUCGGCGGGUCAGCAGUCGGCCUCCCAGCCGCCCACGCCGCCCACUUCAUCGGCACUAGCGGUUCCCUCGGCAUCAUCGCACCAUCAGCGCGGCGGCAAGAACGAAGAUGCACCCAACAUAUUAGUGUACAAAAAGAUGGAGGCCAUAAUCGAGAAGAUGCAGGCGGAGUCGACGGGCGUGGCCGUGCGCACGGUGAAGGCGUUCAUGAGCAAGGUGCCGUCGGUGUUCACCGGAGCGGACCUGGUGGCCUGGAUCCUCAAGAACUUCGACGUGGAGGACGUGACGGAGGCGCUGCACUUCGCCCACCUGCUCAGCUCGCACGGCUACAUUUUCCCCAUCGAUGAUCAUGCGCUGACUGUCAAAAACGACGGCACCUUCUACAGAUUCCAGACGCCCUACUUUUGGCCCUCGAACUGCUGGGAGCCCGAGAAUACGGACUAUGCCGUCUACCUCUGCAAGCGCACCAUGCAGAACAAAACGCGACUCGAGUUGGCCGACUACGAGGCCGAGAAUCUGGCCAAGCUGCAGAAGAUGUUCUCCAGGAAAUGGGAGUUUAUAUUUAUGCAGGCCGAAUCGCAGAGCAAGGUGGCCAAGAAGCGGGACAAGCUGGAGCGGAAGGUGCUGGACUCGCAGGAGCGGGCCUUCUGGGAUGUCCAUCGGCCGAUGCCCGGCUGCGUCAACACCACCGAAAUUGAUAUAAAGAAGGCUUAUAGGCGGGGUGGCUCCAGUCAUGGAACCGGAUCCGCCGGCGCCUCCUUGGCCAAGAAUCCCGUCGAGCAGUUGACCCGGAUCAUCGCCCUGCGCAAACAGAAGCUCGAGCGGCGGACAAUCAAAGUGUCAAAGGCGGCCGAGGCUUUGGUCGCCUACUACGAUCAGUACAAUGAGUUCGAUUACUUUAUAACCUCACCGGAGCUGCCGAAUCCUUGGCAAACGGACAGCACCGAGAUGUGGGAUACUGAGAAGAAUAGCAAAGAAGUUCCUGUGCGGCGCGUGAAGCGCUGGGCAUUCAGUUUGCGCGAGUUGCUCAACGAUGCCAUCGGACGCGAGCAGUUCACCAAGUUUUUGGAGAAGGAGUACAGUGGCGAGAACCUCAAAUUCUGGGAAUCGGUGCAGGAGAUGAAGGCGCUGCCGCAGUCGGAGAUCAAGGAGGCGAUCCAGAAGAUCUGGCAGGAGUUCCUGGCCCCCGACGCCCCCUGUCCGGUGAACGUGGACUCGAAGUCGGUGGAGCUGGCCCGCGAGGCGGUCAACUCGCCCACUGGGCCCAAUCGGUGGUGCUUCGACGUGGCCGCCUCCCACGUUUACCAUUUGAUGAAGAGCGACUCGUACUCCCGGUAUUUGCGGUCCGACAUGUACAAGGACUACCUGAACUGCUCGCGCAAGAAGAUCAAGUCCAUACCGAAUCUGUUCGGGGUGAAACGUUGAGAUACGCUGCGGGGAUUCCCCGUCAUCGCAGUCGGCUAGGACUGACGGCCUUUGGGCCAGGGGAAUUACCAAUUGUACUGGAUAUGCUCGGUACUCAUAUGCUACUCAUUACUUAGUGUUACUUAGUUUGAUUUACUCUUAAUGCCGCUGUGUCGCGUGAUCUACCGAUUUUGUAGGCGUUUAUUUUGUAAGUUUGAUUGAUUGGUUGUCGAUUGAUUAUGCGUUACCCCCAAAGUGCCCCCACCCGCCUCUCCACUCAGUACCCCAUAUAUAGUGUCCAUCUCGCUGUUUAGCUGGCUCUCUGUCUCCCUCUUAAUCAGACGAAAAGGAAACACCACUUACGAUGAAAAUAAGAAACUGCCAAAGGCUUGAAUAAGAAAACACAAAAUAACGAUACAAAUACUGGAGGUUUGUCCAAAUCGACGGAGAUUUUAAAACAAUUGAUUAACAGUAGCCUUAAAUUCAAAACUAGGGAACUAUUCCCCCACCGUUAAAAACGUCUAGAAAUGUCUAGGCUAGCAAUUAUUGAAAAUUCAAGUUUAGCAACAAAAAAAAAUGGGACAUACUUUAGGGCCAACUUAAUAAUUGUUUUAAACUCUCUAGCGAUUUUCUGUUAGGCCAUCCUCAAUUUAAUAAACAACCGAAAGCGAAAAGAUGAAAACGAAACACAACACCAACAACCGCCGAGACCUUAUUCUCAUAUUCAUAUUAUAUACAAGCAAAUACGAAUUAUUAAUUAUUAACCGAAAAGCAAAUCAAUUGUAAUCGAAGACACCAAGAAAAUAUGGAGAAAAACUCAAGAGGAAACCACUAGUAAUUGUCAACUGUAACCGAAAAAACACCAACAAAAAAAAAAAAAAAAACACGCAAGUGCAGAAAAUCCCCGAACUUAAGAGGUAUAUUCAAAUUAAGAGAAUUAGCUUAAAAAUAGAACGACAUGACGGAGCAAAUCUUACUUAAUUUUAAAGUUGAAUAACCAAACAUGCCAGGCAGCUUUUGUCAGCAUGCGAUGACAUAGCAUUCAGCUUUUCAGCCGACUAGCACGAUCCCCCCAUGAAACCCAUCUGAAGAAAUGUGAAAAAUCGUUGACUUAAGUUCCUUUAUCACCGUUAUUGGGUGUCUCUUUUCGACGAUCCUUCUCUCUCGCUCACACACACACACACAUACGCACACAGUAACCUGCAUAGCCACAGACACACACUCACAUAUCGUUAAGGCGCCAAAAAAAAAUGAAAACAAAAAAGAUUUUAAUCGAAAAACGUAUUUUUUUGUCGCUCACUGUGUGCUCCUUGGUGUGUGAGAGCAAAAGAGAGGGUAAAUGUAUUUUUUUUUUCUAGUAAAUGUUUAGACUAAAAUAUGUUAAUAAUAGGCAUUAAGUUAAUAGCAGAAAGGAUGGAAGCAAGAGAGUGCGAGAGCCAAGUUCGGGUGGGCAAAGGGGCGGUGAAGUAGGAUAGAUAGGGUCAAAGGUGUGAUAGCUUAUAGGAAGUUAGAUCAAAAACAAAAAACAAGUGAGCUUUACAAACAAAUAAAGGGGCUACAAAACUAGGGAGACUUGAUAGCCCUAACGAACUUGGCUCUCUCGAAAUUCUCUCCCAAACAAUUUCGGAUUGGACAAACGGGGUAAGCCUCGAAAAUUUUACUAUUACAGCUGCGGUCAAAACCAUAGUAGUACUACCAUAGCAAACUAUGAGACAAAAAUAUAAUAUUAAAACUUUUAAAAGCAAUCAUUUGCAAGUUUGCAAUCCUAGAAGUGAACCCAACAAAAAAAAAAAAAAAAAUUUAAAAACCUUAAAAUCUAUUCUUUAUGAUUUCAUGCAAGCAUUAUAGUUUAACAAAAUUUCAAUAGAAUAGAGUUGCACAAAAACUAAAACAAACAAAUUUUCAUUUUCAUUAUGAUCAUUAGAUUUGUUAAAUAUAUAAUUUAAAAUUGCUAGAUCAACGUAUUUAAAUAUUUUUUAUUGUAAAUAUAAAUCUCUGCAAGAGGAUACUUCAAUUUAUGUUUUUUUUUUAAAUGUGGCGAUAGUACUUUAGUUUUGACCGCAACAGUAUGAUAGUUGGCGCAGCUAUAUAUUUAUGUGAAACAUCAAACCGAUCCUAGGAUCUCUCGGAAUAGCAAUUAGACCUAGAUAAACUAAGGAACUUGGAACUUGGAACUAUACAUACACAUGUAAUUUGCACACACACUCAUGCACUCUGCUGCCUUCUUUUGGGCUUAAAAAUACAGUGGAUACAUAAAUCAGAGGCGUAUUAAAUGUAUUUAAUUAGGAUCGCAUUGUGUGUGUCUAUUUAAUUGUAACUGUAAUUGUAAUUGUAAAUGGUGUCUACAAAUUAACAAGCAAAUAAUAACUAUAACUAUAACAAAUAAAGUAUGCAGAAUUCAGUAAACGUAAAAGUUAAAGUAAAAGUAAAAGAAAAAGAAAGUAAAGACAAACUUAAAAGGUAAAAUUAAAAAUUAUAAAGUAUGAUAUAUACCAUAUAUCUCGAUGUGCGUCUGUGUGUUGGUAGUGACAAAUUUAAAUCGAUUUCAAAAUAGCCAAAGCUAAAACUAGAAGAAGCAGGGAAACCCCUCGUCUCACACACAUUGUCCUUUGGCUUUCUACUGUUUUCGUUUGCCAGAUUAUAUAUAAUUACAUAUAUGCAUAUAGGAACUGUUGGCCAACUGUUUUCCCCCUUUUACUGUUCCAACGCCCCCCACCUAACGGAAAUAACCAUUAAAUGUAGCGGAAACUAUAAAAACUCUAAACAAAAUCGAUGAAAAACUAAAGGUUAGAUGAGGAAACAUCCCACUUGAUAUGGAGAAAACUAAUUAAAUCAAAUAAUCAAAAAAAAUAUUCGAUAUAUGUACGUGUACACAACAAACAACAGCAAAAACUUUUUAGGUUUAGCCAGCAGAAAACAAAUAAAAAAAUUUAAAAAACAACAACAAAACAAUAACUAUUAAAUAAACAAAAACAACUACAAGCAAGAAAACUACAAAAACA